AUGGCGGCCCCUGGGGAGGUAUCCAUCUCAACGCACACGCAAUGGCCCCAGCGCAGCGGCGGCGACAACGAGGACUCAGCGACGGCCGCUGCCGGCCGCGGCGGCAGCCGCCCAGGCCCCUCAGCCGCGCCGCCCGCCGUCAAGUGGCACAGCGCGCCCGAGGGCGCGACCUACGCGCUCCCCGUCGACUCUGAGCGCAAGGCGACGCGCCUCAAGCUGCUGUCGGCCGCGCGGCCCCACAUGCGCGCGUUCCACGUCUCCACGGUCGCCUUCUUCCUCUGCUUCUUUUCAACGUUUGCGGCGGCGGCGCUGCUGCCAAUCCUGCGCGACCAGCUCAACCUGACGCAGACUGACGUAGGCAACGCCGGCAUCGCGUCAGUGUGCGGCGCGAUCGGGUCGCGGAUCCUCAUAGGGUCGCUGACGGACGCGUUUGGCCCGAGGGCGAGCGCCGCGGCGCUGCUCAUGCUGACAGCGCCGGCGGUGUUUGGGCUGGCCUUGGUCACCAACGCGGCAG